GCGCAAGCGCAAAGGGAUAAGUCCUUUGAGGACUCCAUUGCCCAGGGUGCAUUGCCACCAGGAGCGCUUCUCUUUCCGGCGACGGCUGCCGAGCUCUCCCCUUGGGGUUUGAGGGGUCCGCAGACUUCGUUACCCAGCUUCCUUUGUGGAAGGAAGCUUCCUGUUGCGCACUUCCGGUGGUGCCGCCUGAGGAGAGUGGGUGGAGUUUACAGAGCCGGUGGUCGGUGGGUGGUGCUGCGGUUGGCUGGGUGCUGUCCAAAGGCAACUGGGCUACGCUAAAGGAGCGAGCUGUGACCGGUUGGGUCGCACUUAACCUGGGACGAAGCUUUGGCUCCUGUUUGACUACCUGCGGCCUCCCCUUCAUGUCGGCCCUCGAGAAGAGCAUGCACCUCGGCCGUCUGCCCUCUCGCCCCCCUCUACCCAGCAACGGGGGCAACCAGAGCGGAGCCAAGAUGCGAAUGGGCCCUGGAAGAAAGCGGGACUUUUCUCCUGUGUCUUGGAGUCAGUACUUUGAGUCCAUGGAAGAUGUAGAAGUAGAGAAUGAAACUGGCAAGGAUACUUUUCGAGUUUAUAAGAGUGGUUCAGAGGGUCCAGUCCUGCUCCUCCUGCAUGGAGGAGGCCAUUCCGCCCUUUCUUGGGCUGUGUUCACGGCAGCAAUCAUUAGUAGGGUUCAGUGUAGGAUUGUGGCUUUGGAUCUGCGAGGUCAUGGUGAAACAAAAGUCAAGAAUUCUGAAGACCUGUCCGCAGAAACAAUGGCAAAAGAUGUUGGCAAUGUGGUUGAAGCCAUGUAUGGGGACCUCCCUCCUCCAAUUAUGCUGAUUGGACAUAGCAUGGGCGGUGCUAUUGCUGUCCACACAGCAUCGUCCAACCUGGUGCCGAGCCUCCUGGGACUGUGUGUGAUUGAUGUUGUGGAAGGUACAGCCAUGGAUGCCCUUAAUAGCAUGCAGAAUUUCUUACGUGGUCGUCCUAAAACCUUCAAGUCUCUGGAGAAUGCCAUUGAAUGGAGUGUGAAGAGUGGCCAGAUUAGAAAUCUGGAGUCUGCCCGUGUCUCAAUGGUUGGCCAAGUCAAACAGUGUGAAGGAAUCACAAGUCCAGAAGGCUCCAAGUCUAUAGUGGAAGGAAUCAUAGAGGAGGAAGAAGAAGAUGAAGGAGGAAGUGAGUCGGUCAACAAGAGGAAAAAGGAAGAUGACAUGGAGACCAAGAAAGACCAUCCAUACACUUGGAGAAUUGAACUGGCAAAAACUGAAAAAUACUGGGAUGGCUGGUUCCGAGGCUUAUCCAAUCUCUUUCUUAGUUGUCCUAUUCCUAAAUUGCUGCUCUUGGCUGGUGUUGACAGAUUGGAUAAAGAUCUGACUAUUGGCCAAAUGCAAGGGAAGUUUCAGAUGCAGGUCCUACCUCAGUGUGGCCACGCAGUCCAUGAGGAUGCCCCAGACAAGGUAGCUGAAGCUGUUGCCACUUUCCUGAUCCGCAACAGGUUUGCAGAGUCCGUCGGUGGAUUCCAGUGUGUGUUUCCUGGCUGUUAGUGACCUGCUCUUCAUCCCGCCCUCAACGUUGAGCUCUGUUGUAAAUACAUCGCACCAGAGGCCACUGUGAUGCCGCUGUCUCCUCCUCACCAUCCUGCCUGAUCACGUGACACCGGCUCCCUAUAGACGGGCAUCCCCAGGUGUACAAACCCUUUUGUGUAUUUCUGCCAAAAGCAUUGUUUUCCAGGGCCUUUGACCAUCAGUCUCCCUAGUACAAGGCUCCCCGGAUCAUACCCCUUUCCUGUUCAGGGGUUGCCUGUUCUCCCUGCCUUACCUAGGGUAAAGCCUCCAUCAGAACUGCCACCCUGCACCCCUAAUCCUGGCAUUAGGCAAUGCACUUGGGUCCACAUGUCUCCCCAGGCUCAGGGACCUCCAUUCCUUGAGGUUGUUCUUGGCAUGGUCCUGCCCUACCUCAAGGGAUGGGCCAUGCACAGGGUGGUCCUUAUUUUUCCCUUUCAGAUAAAAUACCAGUCAGGUACCUUUUAAUCCCAGUCUUACUCUUCCAGUUUUGGAAGACCUAUAGACUAUAGUCCAGGAUCCAAUUCUUAGGUAUAAGGAGAGGUGGUGGAGAGCAUCACAAGAAACCAUCCUGAAAAUCAGGUCCAGCCAGUCCAAGCACAUGGCCUCCUAUCUGGGGAGAGCCCACUGUCCCACUCCCACAUGUCUGGGCACCUGUCCUGGGCUGAGGCCAGGCUGCUCCAGGGGCCUCUAGGGCCCUCACCUGUUACAGAGCAACCCAGGUUAAGUACAGCCCACGCACAAAGCCACAGGCUAAAGCCUGUGCAGUUUUUAAGAAUCAAAUUUAACCAUUUUCAUAAUUGGUCCUUGGAGGUGUGCAGAGUGCCCGCUUGCCUCUUCUAGACCCACACAGCUUGUCUUCGGCAUUUGUGGUUUCCAUGUCACUCUUCAUAGGAACAGCCAGCAUCCUCAGUCUUUGCCUCUUCCAGCUGCCUCAUCACAGAACUGCGGCUUCCACCUGCUGCCCAGGCACCCGUUUCCCAGGGCAGGGAGGGGCAGUCUCCUGCAGCCCAUCUUUUCUGUGACUGUCUUAGGUGAUGCAUAGCCCCCUCCACCUUUUCACCCAACAACUUCCUAUCCCUGUCCUGCUGCAUGGUCCGGAGUCUGGGACCUACUUUGUUUGUUAUUUAUGACCUUGUUAAAGAAAAUAAAUAUCUCCCAGCCUUUAUCGAUCUA